CCCGGGAGGGAUCUGGAGGCCUGCCUGCACUGCCAGGCCAAGAUGAGGAGACUGAGUAGGGUGGAUAACAAGAGAAAGGCAAGCGAAUAGAGGAAGGCAGGUUGGUAGGAGAAGGGGGAAUAGAGUGUGGCAAGAGAAAAGGCAGAGAAGGACAGUGCUGGGAGGACAGAGAGUCAUUGAGAACGGACUGACGGACGGAGGCCUAGCCCUGCAAAGAGGCAGAAAGAUUAGCGGGAACACAUAGAUCCAAGAACCUGACAGAGGGGGUAACUGAGGUCUUGGAGGUUAAGAACUUAAGCCAGGAACUAAGUCUGAGAGGUAAGGUCCCUUAAGUCUUGGCUGCCCCUCAGCCAAGCGUAGUCCAUCCAAAGUUGGUGUAUCCCGCUGGCCCCAUCAAAUACCCCGACCCUCUGACUUUGCCACUUCUUUCUUGGCCUUCUCUCACCAAUCUCCCUCCUUGGUAUCCCAGCAACCUCGCCGUUUAGGGGAAGCAGAGUAGUUAUAGUAACAAGUGUCGAAGGGGCCGGCCCCUCUUGCCUCGGCCUAGGGGGCCUUGAGCUAGCCCGAGCUUGAAAGCAGCUGCCGCGGGAUGCUGCAGAGUUUUUUCUCUUCUCCCACUCUGCUCAGAAUGGUGCUGGAAGGAAACCCUGACGUGGGAUCCCCUCGAACCUCGGACCUCCAGCACCCAGGGAGCAAGGGCUCGUGCAUCCUCUCUUCUCCUGGUGAAGAAGCACUGCCAGGCGAGGAACCCAUCAAGUAUGGUGAACUCAUCGUCCUGGGAUGCUGUGAGGAAGGAGGUGAGGAUACCGAGGCUCAGAGAGGGGAAGUGACUGGCCCAAGGGCACACAGCUGCUACAAUGGGUGUCUGGCAAGUGGGGACAAGGGCCGCCGCCGAAGCCGCCUGGCACUGAACCGCCGGCCACAUGCCAAUGGAGUGAAGCCAGACGUCAUGCACCACAUCUCCACACCACUUGUCUCCAAGGCAAGCAGCUUACCCCAGUGGAAUGGAUGCCAUCCUGUGCUGUGUGCCCAGGCCCAGGCCCUGAGUAACCGAGGCCAGCAUAGCAUCUCGUACACACUGUCUCGGAGCCAUUCAGUCAUAGUGGAGUACACACAUGACAGCGACACAGACAUGUUCCAGAUUGGCCGUUCUACCGAAAACAUGAUUGACUUCGUGGUAACAGACACACCUCCUGGCGGAGGAGCCACAGAGGGCCCUUCUGCCCAAAGUACCAUCUCCCGCUAUGCCUGCCGCAUCCUCUGUGACCGCCGGCCACCCUAUACUGCCCGCAUCUAUGCUGCUGGCUUCGAUGCCUCUAGCAACAUUUUUCUUGGAGAGCGGGCAGCCAAAUGGAGGACUCCUGAUGGUCUGAUGGAUGGCCUGACAACCAAUGGGGUCCUGGUGAUGCAUCCAGCAGGUGGCUUCUCCGAGGACUCUGCCCCGGGUGUCUGGAGGGAGAUUUCUGUCUGCGGGAAUGUGUACACAUUGCGGGACAGCCGCUCAGCCCAGCAGCGGGGGAAGCUGGUGGAAAACGAGUCCAACAUCCUGCAAGAUGGUUCGCUCAUCGACCUGUGUGGGGCCACGCUGCUGUGGCGCACUCCAGCAGGGUUGCUGAGGGCACCCACGCUGAAACAACUGGAGGCCCAGCGACAGGAGGCCAACGCAGCGCGGCCCCAGUGUCCCGUGGGUCUCAGCACCUUGGCCUUUCCCAGUCCAGCCCGUGGCCGCACAGCACCUGACAAGCAACAGCCCUGGGUCUACGUCCGUUGCGGUCAUGUCCAUGGCUACCAUGGCUGGGGCUGCCGGAGGGAGCGAGGCCCUCAGGAGCGCGAGUGUCCUCUUUGCCGCCUUGUGGGACCCUAUGUGCCCCUGUGGCUCGGCCAGGAGGCCGGUCUCUGCCUGGACCCUGGGCCACCCAGCCAUGCUUUUGCACCCUGUGGCCAUGUCUGUUCUGAGAAGACUGCCCGCUAUUGGGCCCAGACACCACUGCCACAUGGCACCCAUGCUUUCCAUGCAGCCUGCCCCUUUUGUGGGGCUUGGCUCACUGGUGAGCAUGGCUGUGUCCGCCUAAUUUUCCAGGGGCCACUGGACUAGGCUCUCCAGGGUCCUUGCUGCCAUGCCCGCCUGCCCACCCAGGUUCCCCAUCUCCUGCUGUUCAGAGGGAGCUCUGCAUGUGGGACUGUGCCUGCUGGCAAUAGCCACACCAGUUGGACACAUUGGAUGGGCUGUGGCCUUCCCCUCAACUCUAGCCUCUAAGAGGAUCCCUAAGAUCUCCAUCCCAGUCAUACUGAUGGGGACUUUAGCACCAGCUCUGCCCCAGGCUGAUGGAAGGCACCCCAUGCCUCUGCCCUCCCUGGAGUAUCCUACGUCAUGCCGCCUACACUGUGCCCCUGGGGGAGUGAAGGGGCCAUGGCCCCUGACUUCCAGCUUAGUCUGGUUGUGCCCUGAACCUGCCAAUCCAGUAACAGCUAUUCCUUUCUCCUGCUGCUGCCCUGGGUUACUCUGUAAACCUUGCUGCUCAGCUGCCCUCACAGAUCCACAUGUCCCACAUGCAUGCAAUACCUCCAGUCCUCAGUGAGUAAUGAGUGAGUAGGCAGUCUGAGGUCAGCAUUUGCAGGCAGGAUAGUGCCAAGUGGGGGACACAUGGACAAUCAGGUUCUCCACCUGGUGGAGUUCACAACCUAGUGGAGGGUAGACAGCUUCAUGGGUAUUAGGAUCAGAGAAUUCUAGGGCUAGAGAACAGCACUUGCUGGAUUUGGGAAAGUAAGAGGUUUCAUGAAGGAGGUGGCACAGGAGCUCGGCCUCCGUGCUGACUUGGAAUCUUCCAGGCCCACAAAGUACCCUCUUGGCACAGGCUCAGGGUAAGGAAGCAGGGGUGGAGAAACAGAUUAAGGGGAUCCUGGAGCAUAGGGUGUGGCCAUGCUUGGUGGAGAAUUCAGAUCCUCAUUUGUGGACAACCAGGAGUCAGCUCCACAGCACUGGCUCUGACCCAAGGGCUACCAUCGCUGAAUAUUCACUGUGUGUCCGCCCCCCAUCCUAACAGUAAUUACAGCUAUGUUCACUGAGCGUUCACCAGGUACCAGGGCUUUGCUUCUUGGCCGGGGAUUUUGUUAUCUACUCACAGUGAUCCAGGAAGAGAGGUGUCCCCACCUGUGUUUGUAGAGAGAGAAAGUUACAAUCUAGUUGCAGGCGGUUAUUGGAAGCCACAACUGCCCCUCUCAGAUCAUACUAAGGCUGGGCAGGACUGAGGCAAGGCAGUUUAGUGUCUGUUUCGUGGAGAAGCUGAAGAAGAGAUAGAUGGAGAUCUGCCUGCUCAGUGCCCAGCCCCACGCAGGGCCCCAGUACAUCCUGCUGGCCACCUGUACAUGCUGGGGUUGUCCUGAGAACUUUGGACGGCAGAGGCAGGAUGGAGUUUGGAGGGCAGCCUGGGUGAGGGCAGCAGCAUAGUAGGGUAGGGAAAAUGCCUACCAACCAGUAUGUGCAGGUCAGCAGUAAAAGAGCGAUUGGAUCAGGGCUGUGGCCUGGGACCUGGUGGGCCUUGGUGACUGUGGAAGUCAGUGCUGAACCCCUCCCUGUCCCUCCUGUCUGUGAGUCAGGUCUCCCUGUGAGCCAAGGGCUGAGCUGGGGUUUCCCCUGACCUUUCAAAGGGAAGUGAACCAGGAAAACAGGUAGAUAGACUCUAGAGAAAUCAAAGGAGGUGGCUCUGAGUGUAGGUGUGACCUUGUCCUCAGUACAAGACAGAAGCCAGAGUUUAGGGAGGUGCAGAUUCCACAAGAAACUGUACAAGGCCACACAGCUGGCUGAGGCCAGAAAGACCAGACUUGGGCUGUUGGGAGGACAGAAGGCAGCCAUCACAGAGAAGACUGAGCGUCACAUAGCUACAGUGGGACGCACGGCAGGAGGGGAUGCCAGAAUGCAUGAGGAACAUUUCAGCCCUCCCCUCAAAACACUAGAAAUGAACCUCUACUCAGUUCUUGCUAAUGGCCCUGUUGGGGACCAGACAGGGGAACAUAUUCUGAUCUCAUUUCUGGUGUUGAAUCUCAGACUUUGGGAGGAGGGACAAAAAGGACUUGCCUGGGCUCUGGGAAGAACUCGGGCUGGUGGUGGGAGUCAGCUCUUGGGCUUCAGAUGCCACAAUUGUUAAAUGGAAUGGCAGUAAGACCAGACCUGGUGGCAUGUGCUUGUAAUUCCAGCAUUUGGAAGGCUAAGGAAGGAGGAUUGUGUGUUCAAUGCCAGCCUGGGCUAUGUGGCAGGACUUGUCUCAAACAAACAAAAACAAAAAGUACUUUGUUCACCAGGUGGAUGUAAACAUACAGAAAAGCCAUGACCCGUUAAUAGAAUGUGCUAUGGUCAGAGAGGAGAGAGAGAGAGAGAGAGAGAGAGAGAGAGAGAGAGAGAGAGAGAGAGAGAGUGAGUGAGUGUUGGGGCAGGAAGAGGGAACAGUGUAGUGGAAGGUCUUAGGAAAUCAAAGAUCCUCUUAGUCAAAGUUUUCCAACCUGUGUAGUUGGUACAACAGUGAUAUGCUAUCUCAGGGGUUUUGCAAGAAUUAAAUGAGAUUCUAUAUGGCAA